GGGCAGACUUACCACCUCGACAUAGCCCGAAGCACCUCGCCGGUUUGAGUGACAGUAUAUAGUGUCGGCACACGGUUCCUGUUGAGGAAUUACCAGACAACAGGUAUCACUGGAUCAGAGACUUUCUUAAAACGACUAUUAUGUUACCCUUCAAGGAGAAUAUGCAGAGGACCCUGUCUUUACUAUUGGCUGUGACGUGUUUUUUCCCAUAUCCGACUAACUCUGUUCCAUUAAAUAAGGAUGAAACAAAAUUGUCUCUCAAAAAGAUAUGCAAAGAUAGCUGUUCUUCCGACUCCUGCUACACUUCAUUGCCUGGUGAAUGCCAUCAAUACCUCUAUUGCUAUAGGUAUCCCGCACAAGACGAAUUCUCUUUAUCCUAUGUAUAUACUUGCCCUCUUGGACAAGUAUGGGAACAAGGCAUGCUCACAUGUCGUCCGAGAGACCAAAAAAGCACUUGCCUAGAUAAAUGUGCGGACGGUAGUGUGGUAUCCUACAAUCACGGGCCCUUCUGUAAUCAGUAUUAUAUGUGUGUCAAUGGAAUUUCGGAGCCAAUGUGUUGUCAGCGAUCCCAUGCCUUUAUUGACGGACAAUGUGUUCCCAAACAUGAUUGUGUCAGCAACUGCCCAAGCAUGUAUGCUCCUGUGGAAAUAACAACACCCUCAAGUGAAAAUAUCACCACUUCCAUAGCUCCAGAAACAACUACCGAAAUGUGUACCAGAAGCGCUGUAAUAGGAAGCCCAAGUAAAUUUAUAAUCAACGACAUCAAUAUUACGUCUUCUUGUGCCCGUGGAACUGUUUUUGACCAGAGCGUUUGUGACUGUGUCCUUGAUGCCUACUAUGUCCCUUCAACUGAUUGCUAUCCAGAAAUGGUGAUCAAUUACGAAAACAAAAUGUCGGCUUUAAAGGAUCUCAAGAAAGAUUUUCAUGUUCGAAAAUAUGGUGGGGCCGGAUUAUUCUCCUCCAAGGACAAAUCUGCCAGUAAAAUUAACCAUUACAGUGGAAAUAGCAAUAUUUUGAAAAGUUUCAACAUGACAGUUAUCUUCAAGUCUGAUAGCACAGGGGAUAAAACCCAGUUCCUGAUCACCAACUGUCGGUCGACAUCCGUGGAUCGCCCCAGUAUAGGGAUCAUGGUCAGUAACAUUAACGGGACACUCCUCUUCGUGGCAGACGACAACGCCACCGCUCCAUACGACUCCAUCGUCAAAAUGACAGUCAAAUUCAAGAAAGGAUCCUGGAAUUGGGUGAGGUAUAUUUUCGACGGCCAAGAGCUAAAUGCUACAGUGAUUCCUUUACCCGAUCGACAGGCAGACCCUUCCACCCUUACAGACCCAGACGUGUACACAAAUAAAGUCACGUUACCAAGUGAAACAGUGUUAUUACGCAGUCAAAACCCUCUUACGUUCGGGUACUGUAAUAACCAUGGCUUUGAUGGUGUUAUCUAUCUGGCUCAGCUUGCCGGAUGGGUAUGCAGCACGUACGUAGACAGCAAGAACGAUUUGAAUGGCCUACUCUAAUAAAGAACCGUUUUGAUCAUCAUUAAUAUCAACUUAACAGUUUGCUGAUAUCGGCUAUAUUAGAUUCAUUCUAAAGUCAAUGCGACCAUAAGGAACACUCGUGUUGUAAAGAUCUUCAAGACGAAGGAGUCGUAUCAAUCUUCAGGAUGAAGGAGUCGCAUCAAGCCAUGAGAACAAACACCUGUUCAUGUCAUAGUAUAUCUUCAAUGAGCUGCGGAAGAAAUAAGUUCGACAAGUCAUGAAUUGUCUAUCUUAAAAUGUCAUAAAAAUAUAUUAGCAUAAAAUAUUUAUUAUUUCGUUUGAUCACAUUUUAGAUAUUGCAUAUAUAUUUAUAUUUAGCUUUAAUUGUAAAAUCUCGAACAAUUGUCCGACCUAUGUUGUGUGUUAUUGUCUUAUUAUGAUAGCAGGUUACUUACCUUCCGGGAAUUCUAAAAAUAGUAGAUCAAUUUAGACCAACGGGUUAUAACGUGAUAAACAUAACAGUUUAAAUAAUGACAUAUACGAUGUAAUACCAGACAGAUGAAAUGAUGUAGAUGAUGGGAGAACAUGUGUGUCACUCGUCAGAAUAAAUCUUUAUUCUACCAUUGUAUAACCAGACAGAUGAAAUGGUGUCACUCGUCAGAAUAAAUCUUUAUUCUACCAUUAGCAAAAACAUACAAUAACUAACAUUUAUAUUUACGUAAUACAAGAAAUUGAAACUGAAAUCGGGCGUAGGAAGUCCAUACAUGUUCAUCAGAAAAUGCAUCUUGCAAAAGUUAUUUAUGAAUUCAGAUUCAUCAUUUUGCUAAAAAAAAAAAAAAAACAAUUUUAGUGAAAAUAUUAAUGAAAAAAGAAACCUCUAUCAUCAGUAAUCAUUUUAAUAUAGCUUGCUUGUAUUUCGCCAAGCUAGAUUUCAAUUGCUAAUGUUUGUGUAGAAGUGUGUAUUAAUUGUUAUAUAUUCCUGUUGUUCGACAUUUACCUACUAACCAAGCUAUAAUUUAUUUCAAUACCGUUACGUUAGAGUUACGAUGGAACAUUGAAAACUCCAGUCAAGAAAGUAUCGUAAAACAUACUCCAGUCAUGAUAAGUAUCAUAAAACAUACUCCAGUCAAGAAAGUAUCAUAAAACAUACUCCAGCCAUGAUAAGUAUCGUAAAACAUUCUCCAGUCAAGAAAUUAUCGUAAAACAUACUCCAGCCAUGAUAAGUAUCGUAAAACAUACUCCAGUCAUGAUAAGUAUCGUAAAACAUACUCCAGUCAUGAUAAGUAUCGUAAAACAUACUCCAGCCAUGAUAAGUAUCGUAAAACAUACUCCAGCCAUGAUAAGUAUCGUAAAACAUACUCCAGUCAUGAUAAGUAUCGUAAAACAUACUCCAGCCAUGAUAAGUAUCAUAAAACAUACUCCAGCCAUGAUAAGUAUCAUAAAACAUACUCCAGCCAUGAUAAGUAUCGUAAAACAUACUCCAGCCAUGAUAAGUAUCGUAAAACAUACUCCAGCCAUGAUAAGUAUCAUAAAUCGGCGGAAAACGUAAAGAGAGAUCUGAGAUUUGUUUAUACCAUAUUUGAUGUUCAUCAUGCAAUUUCUUUGGUUCAAACUGUGUAGUUCUAAGCAAACACUGGUCGACAAUAAGAUAUACUUUUGAUAAUAUUUUGUUGUGCAUAUAAUGACACCGGGUGCUGACCUGUGUGUGUGUCACUAUCACAUUAUUUGACGAAAUGCUGUUAUUUGUCAGUUGUAUUAUAUUUAUUGUAGAUUAUAUAACAAACUGAUACACAACAUAUGCUUCAUGCUGUAUGUAAACAUUUCUGAGUAUCACAAACUGAUAUUCAACAUGUCUCUCAGGCUAUAUGUAAACAUUUGUGAGUACUCAACAUUGUGUCUCACGCUAUAUGUAAACAUUCGCGAGUACUCAACAUUGUGUCUCACGCUAUAUGUAAACAUUCGCGAGUACUCAACAUUGUGUCUCACGCUAUAUGUAAACAUUCGCGAGUACUCAACAUUGUGUCUCACGCUAUAUGUAACUAUUUCUGAGUACUCAACAUGUGUCUCACUGUAUAUGUAAACAUUUGUGAGUACUCAACAUUGUGUCUCACGCUAUAUGUAAACAUUCGCGAGUACUCAACAUUGUGUCUCACGCUAUAUGUAACUAUUUCUGAGUACUCAACAUGUGUCUCACGCUAUAUGUAAACAUUUGUGAGUACUCAACAUUGUGUCUCACGCAUAUGUAAACAUUCGCGAGUACUCAACAUUGUGUCUCACGCUAUAUGUAAACAUCUGUGAGUGCUCAACAUUGUGUCUCACUGUAUAUGUAAACAUUUGUGAGUACUCAACAUUGUGUCUCACACAUAUGUAAACAUUUGUAAGGAAAACGUUUACAUCAAAAUAAAAGAUGUGCAACAACUAAAUGAUGUAAAGUAAAUGAUGAUUAUUGAUUUUUUGUAGAAACUCUUGUACAUAUAUAUAUGUGUUACGUACUAGAAACUUAACUGCCUUAUGUUAUCUGUGCAUUGCUUCCAUGUUUAAUAUAGAAUGUUUUAAUAAAGUCCCUUUUGAUCAUA